ACUGCUACUGUGGACACUCGUGCCUUGUGUGUGGGGAAUAGAAUAUUACGAUGACAGCAAUGAACACAUAAAGAUGCUGAAACAAAAGCUGAAAUUGUUGGAUUCCAAAGAAGAGUUUGUGAUCGAAGACGGCUCAGGAGAAAUAAUUAAUAUUACUCCAGAUGAUACCUCAGUUAAGGUGAAGGAGUUUGGCGACGGAAAGCUAGAACUAUGCCUGCCUAGCCUAGGGAGAGAAUACUGCGUUACUGUACAGAAGAAGCAGCGGCCAAGCUAUGGAAACUCGGAAGUGAAAGGAAAACUACAACUGGUGGAAUGCAUUUUGAAAAAUAUCGCCGUUGGGUGGCGAUCUGCAGCGACACUUUGUUGGGACAACAGAACCAGACGGGAUUACCCUCGGACUUUUCGCCUGCAGCCAAUAAGUGAAACCAUCGCAAGCGUAGAGUGAAGUAAAAUACUUAUACAUCAAUAAAA